CCAUCAAGAAAUGGCCAAUCCAUUACCUGUGGUAGCCCAGGAAGAUUUGGAAAGCUUUACCUUGAUCAGGACUGGCUCAGGCUUUGCACUCAAAGCCUUUCAUAUUUCCUGGAACACUCCCAUCUCUGUGAAGCUGCUGACCAGCCAGGAUGACAGAGAGUGGAAGUUGCUGCUUCAGGACAUAGCAAGUGUCAGACACUACGAGUCUGAACGUCUCCUGCCUUUCCUUGGGAUUUACCAGUACCAUGGACUUGUGGGGAUAGUGACUGAAUGGAUGAACAAUGGAUCCCUCCACUCCCUCAUCCAUGAGCAUCAACUGUACCCAGAGCUUCCCUCUCCCUUACUCAUAAGGAUCCUGUCAGAUGUGGCUGAAGGGCUGCAUCACCUUCACAGCCUUGAACCUGCUCUCUGCCACUGCAGCCUGAAACCUUCCAAUGUCAUUUUGGAUGUGCAGUACAGAGCCAAGAUAUCAGAGUAUGGCCUUACCAACUGGAGGAAACAGAAACUGAGGUCAGACCUGCAGAACUGCCAUCAGAGAAACUGCCAGGAUUUAGUGUAUCUUCCUCCUGAAAUACUUGAAGGAGGCUUCCCUUCCCAGGAAGGUGAUAUUUACAGUUUUGGAAUCCUGUGUUGGGAGACCCUCAGCAGACAGAAACCUUUUGAAGGUCAAACAACCCUCCUUGAUGUUUUGAGAGGAAUCUGCAGCAGUUUGCGGCCGGGCCUUUCAGAAAAGUUCAUACCAAGCAAUUUGCCUGAGAGGAAUAGAUUAUUGCACCUCAUUGCUCUGUGCUGGCAUCAAGAACCAGAUUAUAGACCACACUCUGCAGAAUGUGUACACCUUCUAAAUGGAGUUUUAACUAGUAUAAAUAAGGAAGAAAUUUCUGCAGCAAUCUACAAUUUGAUGGAUGCAAAGGAGAGAGCACUUAAUGCAAGCAAAGGCUCAGAGAGGUACACACUGCAGAGAGGCACGCGCAACUCACAGAUCAUCUGUCCAGAAAAAGACAACCCCUUAAUCAGCAAGAAAAUUUCUCUUGUAGUGCCAAGCUUGUCAACUGUUCUACUUGAUAGCAGUGCAAAUACAGCAGGAGGAUAUAAUAUUGAGAUGGGUGUGUCAAAUACUACCCCACAGAAUGCAACGGACACAAAAGAUCACCCAGGCUCUGAGACAAGAAAAUCAAGCUCCUUUUGCACAACUCCUUCAUCUGGUUCAACUACAGGCAAAGAGAGCAGUCAGCAAAACUCCCCACCACUGGUUCUUCAGCACAGACCACAUCCACUGCACCUUGGACAGGCAGGGACAGGUCCUUGCAGCAAAGGAAACUGCUGUCAAAUCCUUGCCUGCCAGAGGCAGAGCAUCCUGAGCUGCAUGACAGAAGGACGCCUGAACCACAUCCUCGACGUGCUGCGCUCGCAGCAGGCCCUGUCCCGCGCGGAUUACGAAAGCAUCACCACACACCCCACAGUGACCGGCCGCGCUCGGGCACUGCUGGACACGUGCCUGUGCCUCGGGGAGAGGGCAGCACAAGCUGUGGUGACUGCACUUUCAGUGAGCAGAUGCAGUCCUCUGGGACAAGUCAUUCAUUGCCCAGACUGUCCCUCUAAGGUUAACAGGCUGUUGUUGUGACAGACUUUUUCACAGCCUGUUGUAUGCAUUAAACUCUAGUAAUUUGUGAUGGCAAAGAUUCACAUUAGUGUCUCACAGUCCAUUGACUAAAGGCAACUCUUCCUACAGCUCAUUAUUUGAGUACUGUAGUGGAAAAAGCUAACUGGAUUAAAAGGUCAGGUCAACCACUGCCAACAGAAAUUGCCAAGACUGGUAUAACAAAUUCUAAUUUGGACCUCAGAGAUGGGAGAAGUGCAAUAUGCGCCAGAGCAAACAGAGUUCAAGUGAGAUGACACCUUAUUUCCUUGAUUUUUUUUUUUUUUAGAAGGGAGGAAAAUUCAUCAUGACUUUUUGGAGGUCAGUAUGGAAGAAUGGCUGUUUAUAAAUAGUUCCAAAUAAGGAUAAUGAACAACAGGAUACUGGAUGAGGAGAAAAAAUUUACUGCCUUUCACUGCACUCAUAUCUGAGCCAGCUAUUAGAGUGAAAGGCUUCAGAGAAUCAAGAAAUAUUUCUUCAGUAGGGCCUUAAGUAAGACUUGGAGUUUUUAUAUUAUGCACAUAAAUUACUUCAUUUUCCUCGCAAAUGACCAUAUGAAAAUGUAGCAGUACUUACAUCGGUAUUUCAGAGAUGUGGGACUUGGACUACGCAUGGAAAAUGGAAAAACAUUAAUACUUUACAUCUGUGUAUCUCUCUAAACAUGUCUGCAGUUCAAAUGUAAAAGUAAACCAGGCAGAAGAGGUGCCAAGAUGAUAAUUUAGAAAUGGUUCUGCUGAACUGUUGUCAUGGUUGUACUCUAAUGGGAGACAGCCUGGGAAUACUGGGAGGUUUUCUGGCCUGGACUCACCCAUGGUCACAGAUGCUUUGGAUUGUCCUGCUGCUGCUUGAACUCGUCCUCAGGUCAUGGACCCUUUGAUUUGAGUUCACAUGGAGUUCCAGCCUGUCCAGUCCAGCAGCACAGACACAUUCCUGUUAUCAGAAUGUUCCCAGGCACAGUCAGUAAGGUGAUAAGUGCUACAGCAAGCAGUGGAAGCAACAAACCAGCCACUAACGAGCACCAGACACUUGUGUACAGAAGGCAAACAAGUCCCAUGGCAAGCACAGGAGUCUGUCAACAGAUAAACAGCAACAGCAGGUAUAAAUGUGAUCCAGCACAUUCCGGUCACCUCUGUUGUUACCUUGAACCCUUCAAGCCUCACACUGGACGCUGAAAAGAACAUUUGUGGUUUAGCCCCAGCAGACAACUACACUGCACAACAGUAAAGUGAGAAAAGUUGUUGGUUGAGAUCCAGGCCAUUUAACAGGUAAAGCAAAAGCUGCACACAAGCAAAGGAAAACGAGGAAUUCCACUUGCCAUGGGCAGGCAGGUGUUCAGCCAUCUCCAGGAAAGCAGGGCUCCAUCCCACGUAAUGGUUACUUAAGAAGACAAAUGCCAUCACUCCAGAUGUCUCCCCUCUCCUUCUUCCCGAGCUGAGCUCGAUGCCACGUGGCCUGGAGUGUCCCUUUGGCCAGCUGUGGUCAGCUGUCCCAGCUCGUGCUCCCCCAGCUCCCUGUGCUCCCCCAGCCUCCUCCCUGGUGGGCUGAGGAGCAGAAAGGCCUUGGCUCUGUGUGACUCUGCCCACCAAUAACAAAACAUCCCUGAAUUGUUAAUGCUGUUUUCAGUACAAAUUCAAAAUACAGCCCCAUACUAGCUCCUAUGGAGAAGAUUAACUCUACCCUAGCCAAAACCAGCAUAAUUUGAAAGGGAAGUAAUAAGAUUGCUUUCUUUAUAAUGAAAAUAAUGAUAUAAGGUGCUGGAUUUUUAAAGGCCCAGUGGGGUUUCUUCAAGCUUUAUGGCACCAGAUUAACAUGAGAACUCGUUAUACCAUCUACAGGUAUUUCAAAUGCAAACCCAUGUUAUUUGUUUCCCUAUGUUGCUUUUGUUCUGUCUGCAGUUUCAAAGUUCUAAGUGAAUUCAGUUGUUUGGCUGAUCACAAAUGCAGUAAUGAUGUGUUGUCUAGGCAUACUUAAGAAAUAAGAAACGUUUUACAUCCAAAUUUCCAGCUACCAUGCUGCUGGAACCAUAAACAUUUUUUUGGUAACUUCAUUGAACUUUGAGACUGCCUUGAAUUAAAAUAUUGUUACAAUUAAAAACAAUGUCUAUCAGAAUGUUGAAAUUAGUUUUCUUAUUAAAGAAGCUAAAUAUUUAUUUCACAGUUGAAUUUUUUUUCACUUUAAAAUCUACACUUUAAAUGGGAAAUUUCAACAGUCUGCUAAAAAAGGAUGUCUUGCUUGUGAGGAAAGGAAUUGCUGUCAUGGUGUUUUGCCUCUUUAGAAGGCAUAAGACUCUUGGUAAAACAAAUAAACAUUCACCUGUGGGAAAUAACCUUUAAGAGAGAAAAUAGCAAUACUGUUGAAAGUUAGCAGCUUUCAAAAUCAUUCCAUUUAGUUGUUCUGCUGGACACUUUAUACUCCUGUGAAAGAUGUGCUGGCUGGCAGGCUAUGCUGAAUUUUUGUCAUUGUGGUUUUGACACACAAACAGUUUUGGCUCUUUUCUAGAAGCAGCUGCCUACUUGAGAAUAUAAUCUGAUGCCAAAUCUAAGCCCAGUUUUAACUGUUAAUAGAAGAACUGGCAUCAAAACAGUGGGUGCACAAGCUGUCUGUUUUCCAGUGUGGCGUUUUUGAAGGGAUGCUACACAUUUGUUGAAAUGAAACUGUUGUUGAUAUAAAAAGUUUUGCUACCAAACUGAAAACCAGUGACCUGGAACUAGUACCAUUUUUUUCUCACCAAAAUGACAUACUCUCAUAAGGUCUGUAGUGUGAGUUGUUAAAAACGUCUCAUGUUGAUCACUGGUAUGAAAUAUCAAACUGCUGAAAGCUUAUGGUAUUUUGCUCCUGCCCAAGCUUGUUCAUUAGCUAAGAUUUUUAUUGUCCUCACCUCUGUUUUCUGCAGUUACCUUGAUAUUAUGAAACAAGGAAGAAUAAAUGGCACUGAGCAGGAGUAAAGAUAAAAUAAUCAAACUAUUCUUUAGAAUCUAUGGGAAGAAACAAGACUUCAAUGUGAAGAACAACUGGAAUUGCAGGAAGGAAAUGUGAAACUUGGUUAUCUCUAGAAUAUAGAAAGGAGAAUAAUAAAACCAAAUCACUUCAGGACUAAUCAUAUAAACUGAUUAGUAAAACUGUUGCAGUUACUCAGAAAAGACAAAACUAGACUUAAUAGACAUUAAAAAUGACAACCUGUACAAAUUUUAUGAAGCUAUUUAAGUUUAUUAAAGCAAUGAGAAGCAAUUCCUGCAUUGCCUCCCUGGAACUACAUUCCCUUAACUGAGCACAUGGUUGAUUUGGCAGAUGGUAUGUCAGCUGAGUUAGACAAAACUCCUGCAUUUUGAAGGCAGUGCCUCAGCAGAACAGUGCUGGGCUCAAAGCAUGGACUGAGAAGGACCCAGAGGGGGAGAAAGCUGAUAAGCAGUGAGGAAACCUGAUGUUGAGGACAAGCUGAUAAAAUUGUGUGUGUUUGGUCUAGCAAAGAAGAGAUGAAAGGCAAAUGGAAGAGUCUGGAGCACAGGCAGUGAACAUGCAGUGAGGAAACAGAGUACCUGGUCUGUUCUUGUGCUUUGUUGUUCUGGACUGGCUUUCAAGCAGGGGCUUAAAAAAGAUUUAAAGGCCAUCAUGAAGACAAGCUCCUUCCCCAUACCCAGAGAAAUUAGCAAUAUUCAUGGAACUUUCUUUUACCUGACCAAGAGUUCUUUAGUUAACAAAAUUCAUGCAAACAAUAGCGAUUUACUAAGCCUUUUCCCUCAGCCUGAUCAGUUUAUUUAUGCAAGCUACAAACAUUUGAAGUGAUUCAAGGGAAAAAAUUUAAGUGUUUUUGCUUGGAGCUACAUAACAUAAAUAUUUAUAAGUGCUCUGUAACUCAAUCACCAUUUAUUCCACUAACACCUACCUGUGAAGUCAUGGGCCUGUUAGCAAGUUAGCUGUUGGGACAAUGGAAUGGAGAUAAGAAUUAAAGAGCCCUGGAGAUAUUUCCACCCUUUACAGUGUUGCUAUGAAUUCUUAAAAGGAAAAGAGGCUCUCCUACAUUUUUGUUUCUCAGCAGAUCAUGGCUGGUCAUCUUCUCUCAAAUACAAUGAAAAUGUUCCAUUUUUAUUAAAAUGCAAUCUUUACCAAACAAGAUUUCUGUCAGUCCAUUAAAUGUUCGCUGAGAGAGCUACUUCACAUUAAUGUAUUUUCUUCCCUCUUUUCACACGAAACCACAGGAACAUUAAAAAAGAACCCCUUAUGAUACACAAUGUUAAAAUGCAACCGAAUAACAACAACAACAAAAAAAGUUGUUACUUGUGCUGAACGAGUAUGACCUCACCCAGAAAUCUGAUUGUUUUUUGGAUAGACUGCAUGUCUCAGACAGGUUUUAUUAAACACUGUAUGAGACAAAGAUUUACAGCCAAAGAAAUAUUUCAUCAGGGAGGCUUUCUGCAAAACAAGACAUUGCUCUCCUCCCUUCUGCUCUGACUCCUGCAGAGCUGGUUCAAAUGCAGUCUGGCAACUCUGGCUAUAACCUUUUCCCUCCCUGCAAUCGAUCAUAUGCUGCGAUUCAAACCUGCAGAUUUAUUUGUUUACAGAAAACUCUCACUUAUGCAGACAAUUCAUGAAAUGUACAAGAGAGGAGAGAUUUGGAUGCUGUUCUAUAUUAUGUCUUUCAAAACUAAAAUUACAUUUUAUUUUCUGUAAGAUAUAUAAUAGCAUUUUAACUCCUCAGCUGUUGCAUUUUGAUGUGUUUAGCAAGAAUGUUUUCCUGUAUUCCAUUUACUAACAUAUCAAUAUAGGAAAUUAGUUAAUUCCUAAACU